GAUAAUCUCCUCCCAGUUGUCGGUGAGUUUUCUAGCAACAGUUGCCCGGCGAGGCAGCAGCAGCGCCAUAGUCACGGUAGUCGUGGAGACUGUAACCCACCAACAACAACCUCUCGCUUCAUCAUCCACCACCCGCCUCCUCCACCAUCCUCAUACUCAUCCGCCGGUCCACAGCUCAGGCGCCAUGCAGACCCCUGAAGCAGGCGCUGACUCCACCUCCACCGUCCCUAUCCAGACCAGCGUGCCUGUCCAGCCUGCGGGCUCCACCCAGCAGCUGCCUGUACAGCAACAGACACAGACUGUUCAACAGGUCCAGCAUGUUUACCCGGCACAGGUGCAGUACGUGGAGGAAAACGGCAGCGUCUACACCAAUGGCAACAUACGAACCUACUCGUACUCGGAGCCACAGCUGUACAGCCAGAACAGCGGGGGAAGCUACUUUGACACGCAAGGGAGCUCGUCUCAAGUGUCCACGGUGGUCACCUCCCACGGCAUGGCCAGCAACGGCGGAGGGGGCAGCGGAGGCAUGAGCAUGGGCCUGACCGGGGGUCAGGUUAUCAGCGGCGGCUCCGGGGCCUACCUCAUGGACAACGCCGGAGCCCACCCUGCCACCCAGACCGCACGGGCGUCCCCGGCUACUAUUGAAAUGGCGAUUGAGACGCUCCAAAAAUCUGAGGGUUUAUCCAGUCAGAGAAGCUCGCUACUCAACAGCCAUCUGCAGUGGCUGCUGGACAACUACGAAACAGCAGAGGGUGUGAGUCUACCACGAUCCACCCUCUACAAUCACUAUCUGCGCCACUGCCAGGAGCAAAAACUGGACCCGGUGAACGCAGCCUCCUUUGGCAAACUCAUCCGCUCCAUCUUCAUGGGACUCCGUACAAGACGCCUCGGGACAAGGGGGAACUCCAAAUAUCACUACUACGGAAUACGUGUCAAGCCUGAUUCGCCGCUCAACAGACUCCAGGAGGACAUGCAGUAUAUGGCCCUCAGACAGCAGCCGGUUCAGCAGAAACAGAGAUUCAAGCCAGUGCAGAAGUUUGACACCAGUCCGUCAGAGAACUACUCAGGUGGGGGUCUUAACCAGCCGGGUGCAGCUGAGCAGACGAUUAUCGCACAGAGUCAGCACCACCAGCAGUUCUUAGAUGCAUCGCGGGCUCUGCCUGAUUUUGUGGAGCUGGACUUGGGGCAGUGUAACGCAGAGAACAUCAGCCCGGAGGACGUGAAAGCUCUCCAGUCACUUUACAGGGAGCACUGUGAGGCCAUCCUGGACGUGGUGGUCAACCUCCAGUUUAGUCUCAUCGAGAAGCUCUGGCAAACAUUCUGGCGUUACACUCCGCCCGACUCUGUAGAGGGCACCACUGUAACAGAAAACAGCAGCAUAAGCGAGAUCGAAGCCCGACUCCCGCAGUCGCAGCUGCUGGCGCUGUGCCGGAACGAGGUGGUGCUCAAGUGGAUGAGCACCUGCGACCAUCUUAUGUACCAGGCCCUUGUGGAGAUCCUCAUCCCGGAUGUCCUGAGACCCAUUCCCAGUGCCUUGACUCAAGCCAUUCGCAAUUUUGCCAAAAGCCUGGAAAGUUGGCUCAAUAAUGCCAUGAACGCAAUCCCGCAAAGGAUGAUCCAGUCCAAGGUUGCUGCUGUUAGUGCCUUUGCGCAAACACUCCGCAGAUACACGUCUCUGAACCACCUGGCUCAGGCGGCCCGUGCAGUGUUGCAGAACACGUCGCAGAUCAACCAGAUGCUGAGCGACCUCAACCGCGUCGACUUCGCCAACGUGCAGGAGCAGGCGUCGUGGGUGUGCCAGUGCGAGGAAGGCAUGGUUCAGCACUUGGAGCAGGACUUCAAGGCCACGCUACAGCAGCAAAGCUCUCUAGAGCAGUGGGCAGCCUGGCUGGAUAACGUGGUGACUCAGGUGCUGAAGCCUUAUGAGCAGCGGCCCAGCUUCCCAAAGGCGGCACGGCAGUUUCUACUUAAGUGGUCCUUUUACAGCUCUAUGGUGAUCCGGGACCUGACCCUGCGCAGUGCUGCCAGCUUCGGUUCUUUUCACCUGAUCCGCCUGCUCUACGACGAGUACAUGUUCUACCUGGUGGAGCACCGCGUGGCCCAAGCGACCGGGGAGACGCCCAUUGGUGUCAUGGGCGAGUUCGACAGCCUCAACAACCUGACGCUCUCCAACAUGGAUAAAGAUGAAACAAGCGGACUGGAUAGCGAUUUGGACGACGAGUCGGAAGAGUCCGGGGAGCCUCUUGCCAAACGCGAGAAGUCUGAACACGAGGUGAUCCAAGUCAUUCAGGUCGGCGCCCUCGACGACGGGUCGCACCCCGUGGUGGGCGUGGUCCAGCCGGGCGUCCUCCACUCGCUGCCACAGCCCCCCCAAGACCACAGCGAGCACAUCCUAACCCCCUCGGCCGGUACCCCUACAAUACGCCACUGCAGCGCCACGGGCAACACCUACGCCUCGGUUUGAUGGUGUGAGAGGGCGUGUCUGACCUUGUCUGGCUCCGCCACUUCUCUGUCAGCCUCCAUGUUUACAUCUCUUUUGUCUCUGUCUGCACUCUGGUCCACACGGAUACUGCGGCCAGGACGUGGUCUCCUGUUGUAAGUCUUUGCUUUUAGCAGCGUCUGCUGGAGGAGGACAGUAUGGAAGGCCUCUGUUGGUCUAGAAUAACAGGGUUUAACAAAUCCUCCAAACUACUGAUGUCUCUGAGCUCAAAUGGCCCACUGUACAUAUUUACUGUACUUCUUAAAUAGUAUAACCCAAAAACUCAUGGUGCUAUCAUUGUGUUGAAUUAGAUGCUGAACAAGAACUAUUCUGGACGAUUGUAUGUAGCGGUUACGUACGCCAUUCAACCAACCAGGAUGGGGUGGUAGCCUUCGUAUGGUAAAUACGUCAAGCUUUUAGCCCCCAGUCAAACGGACCCCUUAAAGAAUAUGUGCGCUGCUACUCUUGUAAAUAGGAGGAGGACCCCGGCUGUACAAACCCACACCUUGACCACUAGACUUAUUAUGCACUCGGUACAUAACGUUUGCCUUUGUCCACGUAAUCGUGAAGAAAUCAGCCUACUGGACAUGUUCCCCUGUUUUUUGCAGUUUUCUGUCUCAAUCAAAUUUAUUACAUUUGCAAAGGACCAAAAAAAAAAAAAAAAAAAAAAACCCAACCCAACGAGAGGCGGCUGAGGGUGAGCCAAUAGCUGUUGUGCCAUGUUGCGGAGCAAAAGGAAUGUCAGGGAUUUCAUGUACCUCGGCUUUAUCACAGUGCCUUAUCCUUAAAUAGGGAUGUUCUCAGUGUCCCCCCCUUCUUUUCCCUCUGCUUACUUUAUUCGGGGCGCCCCGAUCACAGGAUAGGCUUGGAUUUGGGCUGGCUCAUCGGUGUUUGGACCAAGGGAUGCAGUCGCAGACACACUUGUUGCUUUUGUCGGGAUCAGCACCGCUAAGCUUCUUACAUCUCUCAAUCUAGCAAGCACCUCCUUUCACUCCCGUGUCUCGUCCCUGCUCUGUGGCCUUUUCCUAACCAUUGUCCUGCUUCUUUAUCCUCUCAACACAUUUUCUCCUGGUCCGUCUUUGCAGUACUAUAUCUCUUUUUACACUUUUAGCCCUGUCCCUGCUGUCUACAAAUUUCGAUCAUACCCGUGUUUUAGUCAUACUUGCCAACCUUGAGACCUCCGAUUUCGGGGGGGGGCGUGGUUAAGAGGGGAGGAGUAUAUUUACAGCUGUUGUAUCGAUGUUAUUGUCACAUAUGCAUGAUUGAGUAAAACUUAUUAGUAGAUUGCACAGUUCAGUACAUAUUCCGUAGAAUUGAACACCCGAAUAAGUUUUCAACUUGUUUAAGUCGGGAUCCACGUUAAUCAAUUCAUGGUACAAGUAUUUACUAUCAGCAUAAUACAUAAUAUUAAUAAUCAUUAUAGUCUAUACAUUGAAUUAUUUACAUUAUUUACAAUCCAGGGGGUGGGCUGAGGAGCUUUGGUUGAUAUCAGUACUUCAGUCAUCAACAAUUGCAUCAACAGAGAAAUGGACAUCGAAACAGUGUAGGAUAUGUACAGCGAGCAGAGAACAUAGUGAGUUCAGAUAGCAUAAGAACAAGUAUAUACAUUAGAAGUACAUUCGAUUAUUUACAUUAGGUUAUUUACAAUCCGGGGAGAUGGGAUGGGAAUUGAGGAGGGUAUUAGUAAAGGGUUGAAGUUGCCUGGAGGUGUUCUGGUGCAUGUACAGUAGAUGGCAGUAUUGUCCUGUUUCAGAGUGUCACAACAUUGCUGUUUACGGCAGACAAACUGCUUUACGGUAGACAAAAACGUGACUGCUGUUGUUGUGUGUUGUUACUGCGCUGGGAGGACGUUAAUGAAACUGCCUAACAAUAAACCCACAUAAGAAACCAAUGACUAGCCCUCGAUCAUUCUACAGUUAAAACGUCAUUGGGCAGACACAAUUUUUAUAUUGUGGGAAAGCGGACGUGAAAACAGGCUGUCCGAAGUUGGAGGCCACGCCCCCUCUAGCUACGCCUGAUUUUCGGGGAAAAAUUUGUCCCGGGAGGACUUUGGGAGAGGCGCUGAAUUUCGGGAGUCUCCCGGAAAAUCCGGGAGGGUUGGCAAGUAUGGUUUUAGUCCCAUGUCCUGCUCCUACGCCCACUCUUCCCUCCCCUAAGGCACCAUUACUGUCUCUCGCUGUACUGUAUUUCACUUUUCCACCAAAAUGUCCCUACCCUACUCUCACAAUACUGUACCUCCUGUUCCCCCUUUUAGUCCCCCUGCACUCCCACAGUCUAUUCAACCCCCGCCCCCCACUCUGCCGUGUUGAGGCCUUUUGUUGUGUGCAAGCCUUUGUUUUGGGUGAAGUGUGUGUCGCUCCGCUCUAUUUUUUUUAAAUGUGUGUGUGUGUUGUGCGAACACAUCAGUCACCCUACCUCAAGCCAGUGGUGCCAGCCCCCUUUUGACACGUGCAGCACAGUCUGUCCAAACCCUAUUGCACACACAAACUACACAACAAAAAACAUUAUUUUCCUCUUUUUUUGUUUUGUUUGUUUUGGUCGCCUCCCUAUCCUUCCCCACUUUGGUCAUCUUUGUACAGUGGACCCAAAGUAGAUAUUUUCUGAUAUUCAAAGAGAUAUAUAAAUCUAGAUAUAUAUGUAUAGAAUCUAUAUAUAACGCUUCUACACUACAUCUAUGUGUUGCUUUCAAUGGGUGUGAUUGUUUCCAAGGUAGCUGAUGUAAGUAGACUGAAAAAGGGUUUUAAAAAAAUAACAAAAAAAAACAACUACUGUACCAUCUACACUUGAACUGUCAAACCCUUCUUACGUUGUGGACACUACUGAGAUUAUUCCUCUUAAAUAGGAUUUUUUUAUUUUAAUUUUUUUAAAUGGUCUGCACCAUUUCCCUGCAUUUUAUUUAUUGAUAUUUAUUGUGUUUGGCUCCACAUGCCCACGCCAUACAGUCGGUGGUACUGUUUUAAGGAAUGAAAAAGUGCAGCGCUACUGUACAGAAGGACCAGGUGUAAGGCUUUUCUUUUUGUUUACAUGCUCUACUGAGUUGGCCCCUUAAGGAGGUCAAGGUAUGUGUCAGAAUGGACUGCACUGGAUCUUUGCCUUAUUCCUCAAAAAAAAAAAAAAAAAAAGUCUGUCGAUGAAUCUUCAGAAAAGCGACGUGGAUCUGCGUUGUGGUUUGUAAUGUAACUCUCACCUCCCUUCUGUUGUAUAAAUCCACACAACACAUAGAUGGUAAACUUGUUAUUUGUGCCUAAUUAUGGGGAAAAAUGGCUUUGCUUUCUUCAAAUCGUAUGGAUGUGCUUUGGGAUCAAGUGCUUUCUGGUCUGUGCUGCUAGAUUUUUAUAAUUUAUUUACUUUGAUACACAAUAGUGCCAGACGGUGAUUUUUAUUUCUGCUUCUCGAAAAGCCUCAGACAGGAGUGAUGAUAAUGCUGCCGACACAUGUUUUUCUGUCUGUUGUCACUAAAACAGAUGUUUUUUUUCCCUUGUCAGAGCGGUCUGUGCUAAGAGAAUCUCUGAGCAUAAAAAAGUGCUUUCUUACAGCAGCUUCAUUUGACCCAUAGCAAGACUCCAGUGCCUUUUCUCCCCCCCUCCAAAACCCGGCUGACUUUUGGGUUUACGGCGUACUUCAGACAGACACGCUCCAUUAGAGGGAUUUUGUUGUAAGGACGGCAGCAUGAAAUUGAUCCUGACUGGAUUAAUAUUUAUUAUAUCAUGUGACAGAUUACCCCUAAGGCUUAUUUUUAAUUGUACAGAAACCAUCAAUGAGUCAUUUUGUUUCCAGGUUUGUUUCCCUAUUCCUCAUAAGUUGUUUUGUGUUUCUGAAUCCUGUGAUCCGUUUUAUGAUUUCAAGUGCCAUUGGACUGUCUUAGUGAGUUGUGGCCAUCUGUAGCACGCUCGAAUGCAAGCACAAGCAUUUUGGCAGUGACGUUUAGAGGCUUAUUUUUCUUCAUUUGAGACACAAAUGUAAAUACCCUGAACUUACGGUUUAUUUAUUUGUCCUGAUCAUUUGAUUUGGUUAUUACCCCCAUCCCCUGUCUUCUUUUGAUCCUGUAUAAUAUCUGACAUAAUAUAUACACACAGAUUUCAUGUCUUUCUUUCCGUGUGCCGUUUUUUUCUCAUAUAUAUAUAUAUAUAUAUAUAUACAGUAAAUAUAUAUCUUUUCAAUAUGGCGAGCGUGUAGGGUGAUUUGUAUCGUUGCAUUUUGUAUAAAAACAAGGACUUUUAUAUUUAUAAAAGAUGUUCCCAUUUAUUUAGUGUGUCGUAUUGCUGACUAUAGAAACUUUAAACGAAAAAAAAAAAGACACAUGUAGUUCGUUUUUUCUGAAUAUUUCAGAUCUCAGCUCAGGCUAGCUUCUUUUUAGUGGGGUUUUUUUGUUUGUUUUUGUGACUUUGUCUUUGCAGUAAUAAACGUUUUCUUGUUCAA